GGUCAAAGGAUGCCCAGAGACACCAGUCCAAGGAGGGAAACUAUGUGUUGCACAUUUGAACGAGAGGAAGAACGCAGCAAAGAACAAUAAUCAUCGAGGAGAGAGUUCUACAUCAAACGAGUUUCUUGCACGAACAGAGGAACCAAUUGCUUCACGCACUCGUCUGCAAUCUUCAACACGAAUGGCAGACGUAGAAUGCAUCAUCAAAUCUGAAAUUUUUGCAAAGGUGUAUCACUAUCUUUUGACGCUCUUUGCAAACCAUCCAUUCCCGGAGUUUAUUGGUUACGAUGACAUGUGUCAUCUUCUCCGAUUUGCGUUGAAUGAAAAGCGAAGGAAUGUGACACUGAAGACAACAGAAUUUACAGAUGUGCAAAAGAUUCAUCAUGUUGUGGACCGUUUCCACUUCAAGAAGAACCAUAUUGGACACUGGUGCAAAAGCAAAAUCAAUCCUACAAAAUACAAAGAGUUGACUGAUGUCAACAUGUCCAUUCGCGAGCAAAGGUUCAAAUGGUUCGCCAAGUUUAAGCACAUUACGAGGAAAAUGAACAAGGAUAGAUUCAAUUUCUUGCUCCUUGUAAUAUGCCAAAUAGACCACGAGAAAAAAAGCAACAGCAAUUUUCAAAAGAUUAAAGAUCGGCGACCAUUCAAAAGACUAAAGCUUCCACUUUCUUCAUAAACUCUUCGGUUGUGAAGACAGUUUGUACUUGGGUUGAAAGUACAUGCGGCCAUCCAAGGCAUCUUCAGGAGAGAGAGGAGAAGGAGUCAGUGAUCCCAUUGCUAUCUAGCUUCCUACUAGUGCCCGAGCAUUUGCAUUUGUUGAUGGGGAACUCAGGAAAUGGAGAAAAUAACAGAGUGCACAAGAAUGCCAUGGACUGUGGAAUGGAUGCAACCGAUGCAUGUGCCGAGGUCAUUCUCAACGGCUUGAGAGCACUUCCACUCUUAUGUCUCUUGGCAAUUAAUAUGGAUCACUCGAGCUUGUUGAUUGCAGUCGUCAAUUUACUUCGCCGGAACUAUUUCGGACUACUGAUGUGGCUUCCAAUUGUCUGCCGCCACUUUACGUUCUCGGACCUCAUCAGCAAGCUCCUAACGGCAUCACGUCGGCACUUGGUCCUGGGGAUUCUUUUUGUCCAUGACCCAGAUGGAGAAUGAUGCUCAGCUUCUACAUUAUGUACAAAUCAAGAACAACCUGAGGAAAUUUUUUCAAGGACUGAACAAAAAGGACUGGCUUAC